AUGGCAAACACACCUCAUGGCGGCGUCCUCAAGGACCUGAUCGCGCGCGAUGCGCCCAGGCGCAAGGAGCUCUUCGAAGAGGCCGAGAAGCUUCCCGCAGUCGUUCUGACCGAGAGGCAGCUUUGCGACUUGGAACUUAUCCUGAACGGAGGUUUUUCUCCAUUGGAGGGUUUCAUGAACCAAAAGGACUACGAUGGCGUCGUGGCCAACAACCGUCUCGCUGACGGUAACCUCUUCUCCAUCCCCAUCUGCCUCGAUGUUUCAAAGGAGACUAUCGAUGAGGUCGGCCUCAAGCAGGGCGCCCGCAUUGCCCUCCGCGAUUUCCGUGACGACCGCAACCUCGCCAUCCUGACGGUUGACGAUGUAUACCAGCCAGAUAAGGAGAAGGAGGCCAGGGAGGUUUUCGACAAGGACAACGAUGUAGCCCACCCCGCCAUCAAGUACCUCUACGAGACAGUCAAGGAGUACUAUGUCGGUGGUAAGGUCGAGGCUAUCGACCGCCUGGAGCAUUACGACUAUGUCGGUCUCCGCUACACACCCGCAGAGCUGCGUCUGCACUUUGACAAGCUUGGAUGGUCCAAGGUCGUUGCUUUCCAGACCAGGAAUCCCAUGCACCGCGCUCACCGUGAGCUCACUGUCCGCGCUGCUCGUGCCCGCCAGGCCAAUGUCCUCAUCCACCCUGUCGUUGGUCUGACCAAGCCUGGUGACAUUGACCACUUCACCCGUGUCCGUGUCUACCAGGCGCUGAUGCCCCGCUACCCUAAUGGCAUGGCCGUACUUGCUCUUCUGCCCCUCGCUAUGCGUAUGGCUGGUCCCCGUGAGGCUAUCUGGCACGCCAUUAUCCGCAAGAACCACGGUGCCACCCACUUCAUUGUUGGUCGUGACCACGCUGGCCCGGGCAAGAACUCCAAGGGCGUUGAUUUCUACGGCCCAUACGAUGCCCAGGACGCUGUCGAGAAGUACAGGGACGAGCUCGGUAUCGAGGUUGUUCCUUUCCUCCAGAUGACAUAUCUCCCUGACUCGGAUGAGUACAAGCCCAAGAACGAGGUUGACCAGGGUGUCAAGACUCUUGACAUUUCUGGAACUGAACUCCGCAAGCGUCUCCGAACCGGCCAGGAGAUUCCCGAGUGGUUCUCCUACCCAGAGGUUGUCCGCGUACUCCGCGAGUCUCACCCUCCCCGUAGCCAACAAGGUUUCACCGUCUUCCUGACAGGCUACCAAAACUCCGGCAAGGACGCCAUUGCCCGCGCCCUUAACGUAACUCUCAACCAACAAGGUGGCCGCUCCGUCUCCCUCCUCCUCGGCGAAACCAUCCGCAGCGAGCUCUCCAGCGAACUCGGCUUCAGCCGCUCCGACCGCGACAAGAACAUCGCCCGCAUCGCUUUCGUCGCUUCCGAGCUCACCAAGGCCGGUGCCGCUGCUAUCGUUGCCCCCAUUGCUCCUUUUGAGGCUUCAAGACAGGCGGCCCGCCAGACAGUCGAGAAGUACGGCUCUUUCUACCUCAUCCAUGUUGCCACACCCCUUGAGCACGCCGAGAAGAACGACAAGCGCGGUAUCUAUGCCAAGGCACGCGCGGGUGAGAUCAAGGGUUUCACUGGUGUCGACGACCCGUAUGAGGUCCCUUCUAAGCCCGACCUUACUGUCGAUCUAUCAGUCAGCAACGUCAGGACAGCAGUGCACCAGAUUGUGCUGUUGUUGGAGAGCGAGGGUCUCUUGACUCAGCUGUAA